AUGGCCGUUGUCCGAUUACUCAAAAGCUGUCCUUCUGAUUGGUUGCAUUUAGAAUCAUCUUGUUAUUUCUUCAGUGCAAAAGCAGCAACAUGGAAUAAAGCAAGAAAACUUUGUCAACAGAUGGGAGGAGAUCUUGCUGUUCCAAAAAAUAAUGCUGAGAAUAAUGUCAUUUCCGAAAUCAUUUUGAGAAAACGCACUAAAGAUCAUUUUAUUGGUUUGUAUCGCAAUAAAAGCGACAAUCAGUUUUACACAGUUCAAAAUGGCAAGCCCAGUUUCACAUCAUGGUUUCCGGGAAAACCUAAUAAUUAUGGCGGUUUACAGGAUUGCGUUUCAAUUUAUAAAUCCAAGUGGAUGGACAUUAGAUGUGGGCAUCACUUUAACUUCAUCUGUCAACGUGAGAGACGUAAUUUAAACUAUAUCGGCGAAUGUCAGUCUUCUCCUUGUGGCAAAGAUCAUUCAUGCAUAAAUAUCCCAGGCUCCUACGAAUGCCUAUGCUCCUUUGGAUACAAACUUGACAAAUCCAAAAAGAAAUGUACCGAUAUCGGCGAAUGUCAGUCUUCUCCUUGUGGCAAAGAUCACUCAUGCAUAAAUAUCCCAGGCUCCUACGAAUGCCUAUGCUCCAUUGGAUACAAACUUGAGCGAUGUAAAUUGUCGAACGAGUAGGCAGAAUGUCUUAAAAUGAUAUUUAUCAUAGCCAGAGUGAAUUUUACUAUCCAGACGAAGCAAAGUUUGUAGAAAAUCCAAUUUUAGUCUCAACAUAUUUUUUCGCAAUGUAUUUGUUUACGAAGUGAAAUGCAAAUUGUAUAAAAUUGAUUUGAAAGCGAUGUAAAUUGUUUAACGAGUAA